AAAGCGGUUGAUGAUGUGGUGCCGGGAGGUUCCGCCCUCCAGCCCGAGCCCUCUCCGGUUUGGCGGAUGAAGCAGAAAUCUGAUUGGGAAUUGAAACAACAUGAGGAGAUGGUGAACAAUGUGACCAAUCAGCAAUGGCCGCCUCCCCAAUCCCCACCGAAGGUAGAAGAGGCUGCAAUGUGGGCGGAUUGCAGCAUUCUCUGUGGAAGUGCUUGUGACAAUGUCUGGAAGAGGAAAGGGCAGUGGGGGCAAAGCUCGCAAUAAGGCCAGGUCUCGGUCAUCCCGGGCUGGCCUGCAGUUCCCGGUGGGCCGUGUUCACAGGCUCCUGAGAAAGGGCAACUAUGCUGAGCGGGUGGGGGCCGGAGCGCCGGUCUAUCUGGCUGCGGUGCUGGAGUAUCUGGCGGCUGAAGUGCUCGAGUUGGCUGGGAACGCGGCCCGGGACAACAAGAAGACCCGCAUCAUCCCCAGGCACCUGCAGCUGGCCGUGCGCAACGACGAGGAGCUCAACAAGCUGCUGGGAGGGGUGACCAUCGCUCAGGGCGGGGUGCUGCCUAAUAUCCAGGCCGUGCUGCUGCCCAAGAAAUCCGCCGCUGCUGGGGCCGCGAAAAAGUGAAGGCACCGUUCUUGAAUCUGACAGCCCAAAGGCUCUUUUAAGAGCCACCCACAGCAUCUGGGAAAGAGAGGAGACCCUGCCAGCUAGCCGAU